ACACCCGCCGAGGUGUCACCUCGAGAAAAGGUAGCUGCUGCGCGAGCCCAACGGAAACGUCGGCGUACUUGUGCGCGUGGCGAGGGUGGGGGAAAUGUCGGAAAACAAUUUAACCCGCGUGCUUGGGAUCCUCAGAUGUCUGUAUCCCCACGUGCAGACGUUGGAAGAGUUUUCAGAGUGCGUGGUCUUUGCAGAGGGAAGGAGGCCCGUGCUGGUGGAGGACUCCGACACGAGCCGCUUCAAGUGUCUGAUCCGCGGAGUGCUCGUGUGCACGGAGCGCGCUGUCCCGCAAAGCCCGAGCUGCGUGCAGUUCGGCACGCUGCCUGAGGUUUUGGCCUUUGUGCUCAACCACAUGAAGCGGAAGAAGAAGAGGAACGUUCUGAAGUUUGGAUAUCAUUACUGUGACAUCCAGGGAGAUGCGGACCCGUUCAAGUUCCACGGAGCUGUUUCUCAGAGCGCUGCCUUCAUCUGCGACAGUCAUCUGUGGAGGAAGAUCAACCAGAGACUCGGCACUGAUGUCACCAAGUUCCUGCUGCAGGACUGUUCUGUGUUUACCGCUGUGCCUCCUACCUGUGUGGUGCAGGUGUGCGGCACGCCUGUCUACGACCUGCUGCCUGUGCGUACCUGGUCUGGGUUUUUCCUCACUGCUAGCACACUGCACACCUGCAACACAACACGGGGGCUCAUGGCCAUAGCCCCUCCCAGGAACUGCGCCACAGCCCCACCCAGAAAACGAAGAGAGAGGGAUCACAAAGACACAGCAAACACUGCAAAACGAAAGAGAGGAGAUGGAGAGGAAGAGAGCGAUAGGAGACCAGCAAAGAAGAGAUAUGUAGAGGUUAUAAAACAUGGUGGGCUUGGUCCUGAAGAUGUAAAAAUGACCAAUGUAGUGGAGAGGGAGGUGGCAGAGCCAGCAUCUCCUGGCCCUGCCCCACGGGAGGGUUAUUUCAGUUGGAAGCCGAGCAAUCAGCCCUGCCCCCGCCCCUCCCACUGCUCUGUCCGGGUACUGAGCAUGCUCUACGGUGGGCAAGGCAUGAAGAGCUUUCUGCUCAACAGGAAGUUGUGCCGAGGGGUGGGCAGAGCCCAGCGCUUGCAGGGGGUGGAUCUUGUGAGGAUGGUUUUCCUGCAGGGUGAGGCCUACCUGUCUGGCACUGAAGCCAAACCACGUAGACUCCCCAGACGCUUUUUCUCCAUGAUUCCCCUCUUCAGCCAGCUCCUGCGACAGCACAGGAAGUGCUCCUACACUUACUUCCUGCGUCAGAAGUGUUCGGGGGGCGAGGGGAAGGAGGACAUGGUUUCUCUGCUGGGCUCCCACUGCUCUUUCUACAGGGUGUAUCUGUUUGUGAGGGAGUGUCUGCGUCAGGUGGUACCGCACGAACUCUGGGGCUCCCAAGGUAACAUGCUGCACUUCCUGUCCUGCGUGAAGCACUUCCUGCGGCUGGGCAGGUUUGAGAGGCUGUCGCUGGCACAUAUCAUGUGGAGGAUGAGGGUCAGCGACUGCCAUUGGCUGGGGCACAAGAAACGCCACUGUCCCAGUGAGCAGCGAUACAGGGAGUGGAUACUGGGCCAGUUCCUGCUUUGGCUGCUACACAGUGUGGUUCUGGGUCUGGUCAGGUCCAUGUUCUACGUGACUGAGAGCGCAGGCCACAAGCACACGCUGCGCUUCUACCGGGGAGACGUCUGGGCAAAGCUGCAGGAGCUUGCCUUCAGGGAGCACCUGUGUAAGGGUCAAUGGGAGGAGCUGAUGCCCCCACAGGUGGCUUCACUCCCCAAAACCAUGGUAACAUCUCGCAUACGGUUCAUCCCCAAAGCCAGCAGCAUGCGAGCAAUCACACGACUGAGUGGCUCAGGUGCCGCCCUGCAGCAGUUCCAGAGCUCAGUGCGGGACCUCCAGAACGUGUUGGGGGUGUGUGUGCGGAGGCAGCCUGUACUGCUGGGCUCAACCGUGUGGGGACGGCAGGACAUCCACAGAGUGUUGAGCUCCAUCACACCCCAACACAAACACACUCCCCAACCCCUGUACUUCGUCAAGGUAGACAUUAGUGGCGCGUAUGACAGUCUUCCUCAUGCGAAGCUGUUGGAGGUGGUGCAGGAGGUGUUGGGUCCUGUUCAGGACGACUGCUUCUCUCUCCGACACUACGCUAAAGUGUGGAGAGACUCCACACACAACCUCAGGAAACACUUCUGCACCAAGGCCGAGGCGUGUGAGCCGUUGAACAUGAAGGGCUUUGCUCUGCAGCAGCAGGUCAGGGGUCAGAUACACGAUGCCAUUCUAGUGGAGAAGUACACUCUGGAGGUGAGGGCUGCCGACGUCAUGCAGUUCUUCAAGCACAUGCUCAACAGCUAUGUCAUUCAGUACGAUCAGAGAUGGUUCCGGCAGGUGUGCGGGGUUCCUCAGGGCUCUGCCGUCUCCACCAUGCUGUGUAACUUGUGCUAUGGCCACAUGGAAAACUCUCUGCUGAAGGACAUCACAGACAGUGGAGGGUGUUUGAUGCGGCUGGUAGAUGAUUUCCUGCUCAUCACUCCCAAACUCAGUAAAGCUGUGCACUUUCUAAAGACCUUGCUAGCUGGAGUUCCUGAUUACGGCUGUGAGAUCAACCCUCAGAAGGUGGCUGUGAACUUCCCCGUGUGUGAAGACCUUCCCUUCACUGAGGUCACGGAGCUGCCUCCUCACUGCCUCUUCCCCUGGUGUGGGCUGAUGAUUGACACAUGCACGCUGGACGUCUACAACGAUUACUCUGGGUAUGCUGGCCUAUCACUGCGAUACAGCCUGACACUAGGCUCUGCCCACUCUGCAGCCAUGUUCAUGAGACAGAAGCUGCUGAUGGUCCUCAGGCUGAAAUGUGACAUCAUCUUUCUAGAUCUGCGUGUGAACUCUGUGGAGGCGGUGUAUAAGAACAUCUAUAAACUCCUCCUCUUGCAGGCCUUAAGGUUUCAUGUGUGUGUGAGGAGUUUGCCGCUGGGCCAGGGUGUGAGGACAAACCCAAGCUUCUUCCUACGUAUGAUCUGGAGUAUGGCCAAAAGUACACACAGGAGGUUUACACACAGCAACCCAGCUGUGAAUGGUGAUGGUGUAUUGCAGUAUGAAGGGGUGGAGCUCCUCUGCUGUUUUGCCUUCCAGGCGGUUCUGAAUCGCCACCAUCCCGCCUACCGCUGCCUGCUGCCCCACCUACACAAACGGAGGAGACACCUACUGAGCAUGCUCCGUGGCAUCAGGUUGGGGCGGGUCCUCCAGGCAGCCACGCCCACUUUCCCCAUUGAUUUCAGGACUAUCCGAACAUAAAGGAAAGUCCAGUCAGAAACCGCUGCUUGGAAUGUCUUUGCCAGACUCUCAUCUGCCCUGUCUUGUUCUUCACCUCAUAUCUUGAACAGUGUUGAGUGUAGAUUUGUGUAAUAGUGCACCGGGUGUGUUGUGGCAGGAGACACCCACUGCUUCAACAUAAACCCCAGCAGUGAGAGUUUCUCAAAAUCCUCCUCAUUAAAGUGUAGACAUCUAGCUGUCACAUGAUCCAAAUACAUCAACUGAACAUUUUAAUGUAUUGCCUUCUCUACCAAAAGCAAAUGACCCUCGUUAAGGGUUUUGUUUGAUAUAGGGUGAGACAGAAAGUUGUAGGUGAUGUUCUCAUUGUAUAUAACCCAUAACUGGUUAAAAACAUAUAACUUCAUCAUGUUCUCUAAAAGCAUUUUGAUGUUUUCCAAUGUUUUCAACAUAAAGGGUUAAGCAUGAAACUUGAAAGUUCUGUUUUUAAUCAGAAAUUUAACAUGUUCACCGUCCCUCCUGGGUUCAUUGUCAUCAGUACUGCGUCCAGGCAAAGAUGAAAAUGAUCCAUUACAUAUUAAUAAUGAGCUCUCUCCUAUCACUAACAGCUCUCAGUCAUAUUACUAUUGAUCUGUCAGUCAUAUCAAUAAUGACCUGUUGUGACCUCUGUGCUGUCACUCUCAUUCUGAUCUCUGAGACCACUGAGCAGAGGUUGGCUGGAUGUUGAACACUUUCACUUAUAAAAUCUACGUGUAAAAUCUA